AUGAACAUCAUUACCUGGAUGAGCAACUAUACUGGACAGUCAGAUUUCACCCUGGUCGGAUUCUUCAGUCAAUCCAAACACCCUGCCCUGCUUGCUGUCAUCAUAUUUGUGAUUUUCCUGAUGGCCUUGUCUGGGAAUGCCCUCUUGAUCCUUCUGAUAAUCUCUGACACCCGCCUCCACACACCCAUGUACUUUUUCAUCAGCCAGUUGUCCCUCAUGGACAUGAUGUACAUUUCUGUCACUGUGCCCAAGAUGCUCAUGGAUCAGGUCCUGGGGAGCCACAAGAUCUCAGCUGCUGGCUGUGGGAUACAGAUGUUUCUCUAUGUGACACUAGCAGGUUCAGAAUUUUUCCUUUUGGCUGCCAUGUCCUAUGACCGCUAUGUGGCCAUCUGUCAUCCACUCCGUUAUCCUGUCCUCAUGAACCGCAGAGUGUGUCUCCUCCUGAUGUCUCUCUGUUGGUUCCUGGGAUCCCUAGAUGGCUUUAUGUUCACUCCUGUUACCAUGACCUUCCCAUUCUGUGGAUCCCAUGAGAUACAUCACUUUUUCUGUGAGGUCCCCGCUGUGACAAAGCUCUCCUGCUCAGACACCUGGCUCUAUGAGACCUUCAUGUACCUGUGCUGUGUGCUCAUGCUUCUCAUCCCUGUGACAGUCAUUUCAAGCUCCUAUUCAGAUCUAUUAAAUCUGCUUCACCAAUUAGUUCAGUUCUUGGCACUUGGGUGA